AUGACCACCCUCGUGCAGGUCCCUCAGUUCCUUGGUCUGAUGAACCUGCAGUUUAGUCUGGUGAGUGAGAACGCUCCUGUCGGUACACCUGUGGGAAUGAUUCUGGCCACAGCCGUCAACACCACUGUCUUUUACUCCAUAGUGAGUGGAAAUGAAGGAGGUGAGUUCACAGUCAAUAACCGCACUGGGAUCAUCUACACAAAUAAACUUCUGGACUAUGAGAGUGUGACCAGUUAUGUGCUCCGCGUGCAGGCCGAUUCUCUCGCCGUCAUCCUCGCCAACCUGCGUGUUCCCUCCAAAACGAACACGGCGAAGGUGUUUAUUGAUGUGCAGGAUGAGAAUGAUCAUCCUCCGGUCUUCACAAGGUCUCUUUACAUCGGAGGAGUGACUGAAGACACUAAGACCUUCACCACAGUACUGAAAGUUGUGGCUACAGAUGUCGACACGGGGAACUACAGUAAGAUGGCCUACAGACUGAUCAUCCCUCCCACACCCGAGGGGCAGGACAGUUUUGUCAUUGAGCCAUACACCGGCGUCAUCAAGAGUGCCAUCAUGUUCCGAAACAUGCGCCGGUCCUACUUCAAGUUUCAGGUCAUCGCCACAGACAACUACGGGCAGGGAUUGAGCAGCAGGGCUGAUGUGGUGGUGUCCGUUGUCAAUGCCUUGGACAUGCAAGUUGUGGUUUCUAAUGUGCCACCCACUGUGGUGGAGGAGAACAAAGAGCAGCUGAUUAGCAUUUUGGAGCGCUAUGUGCAAGAUCAGAUCCCUGGUGCUAAAGUGAUAGUGGAAUCGAUCGGUCCUCGGCGACACGGAGAAGGUUAUGAACUUGAGGACUACACCAAAUCAGACCUCCAGGUGUAUGCCAUCGACCCUCUCACCAACAGAGCCAUCUCCAGACAAGAGCUCUUCAAGUUUCUGGACGGCAAGAUUCUGGACAUCAAUAAAGAGUUCCAGCCGUACCUGGGCGAGGGCGGGCGGAUUCUGGAGAUCCGUUCUCCUGACAUCGUGGCGAGUGUGAAGAAGGCUGCGCAGGCGGUGGGCUACACAGAGGGGGCUCUGCUGGCACUGGCCAUCAUCAUCAUUCUGUGCUGCAUCCCAGCUAUUCUCAUCGUCAUGGUGACAUACAAACAAUUCAAAGAGAGACAGGCCGAGUGUGCCAAAACUGCCCGUAUCCAGAUGGCUCUUCCUGCCGGCAAAUCAACAGGAGGUGGCGCUCCGACCAAUCUCUACGAGGAGCUGGGAGACGGCGGCAUGCGUGGCUUUGGCAGAGAGCAGCAGCAGCAGCUGUUGAGACCCUCUUUGCUCCGGCCUGAGGCUCUCUCCAUGGAAUCGGGUAUCGACCCUGGACAGGAUUACUAUACCCAAGACUACUAUAGUUACGAUCAAGGGUAUGAUCCCUAUCCAGCCUACGGCAGCCGCAGGAGGCUGAUUACACCCAUGUAUGAUGAGUCUGGAGAGGCCAUCAUGGAAGAUGAAGGAUAUUACUAUGGUGGACCAGAGGCUGGCAAAAAGAAGCGAAUCAAACUAGUGUUGGACCGAGAGCAUGACACGACUUCAACAGGAGAAGACAGUGGACCGGACGUCCAACGCAAUCGCAUACCCAACAUCAGCAGCCACAGUAACAUCAACGGAUCAGUAUACCUUGCCCAAAAUGGUACCAUCAUCCGAACACGAAGGCCCCCUUACCCCAACAACUUAAAACUGGGCUCACCAACACAGUUAGGCAAACAAUUCAAAAAACUGGACAAGCUAGGUGUCACACACGAAGAGCAUUUACCUUCAAAUGGAACAGAAGACAAUGGGCCUACUAUCAGCACCACCACUGCCAAUUCCUAUGUUACUGAUCCCAACCUUAACUCCAAAGAGUGCAGUGUAAUGGGCAGCAUAGGGCCCAAAUCCAACAUCGAUAAAGCCCGUUUGGAGCAGGAUAAGGGGUGCUGUGAGCUGGAGUCCUCAGUGGACAAUGGGGAGAUUAAAGAGUCGGAAGAGUCUCCAUGUGAGCAAACACUGUCUGAUGAAGAGGAGCUCUGGAUGGGUCCCUGGAACAACUUACACAUACCAAUGACAAAACUCUGAUUUCUAGUUUUGCUAAUUCUUAUGGUACUGUUUCUAUUUAGUUUCAUUUCUAGUCUUUUCUAUGUUUUAUUUGGGUUCUAUAAAGGGUUUAUCUCGAUUCUGUUGUACACACAUCAGACACCGACAAAGAAAUGUGAUUCUCUUAUAAAGAAUUAUUUUUUUUUUCAUGCAGAUGACUAUUUCACUUCUUACUGUAGUGUCAGAUAAAUUGUUGUGGAAGACAGGGCUAUUCUAUACAAAUUUCUUUGCCUCAAUUGAACCGUUU